AUGGCCUACUACGACGACUGCUCCGGGCCCCUGGAUUUUCCAUUCACCAUCUUCCCCGAGGUACCGAUAAUUCGCAAAAGUGACCGACUUGCCAAGAAACCCGCCAGACAGGGUAGGAAAGAGCUCGCAGUAGCCGCACAACUCGAACGGGCCGAUCACGAGAUUAUGGAAGCGUUCAAUAGGCGAAAUUUUGAUCACAGCGGCGAAGUAUGGCAACAAUAUGAAGACAAGUUCCGUGUGGAAGUCUACAUGUUCCUCACAAGUCCUCAAAUCCAGUUCAAUGGCGACAUGACCCGUCGCGAGUACCUUCUCGCGGCUGAGGACGUUCUUUCUAAUUUUCCUGACAUAAGAUUCUACUGUCAAAAUCGAACGUCGACCGUAGAUGUGAGGGCAGGACGAGCCAAGAUCACAUCGUACUCAAGAUUUCAACGCAAUGCUAAGGGGUGCCUAAUGGACGUUCUAAGCGUGUUCGACUUCAGACUGACAGACGGGAAAUGGAAGAUUUAUAGAGCACAGAGCUUCCAAGGGAUGGAUCUUUUGGGGAUUGAUACCACAGUGUAG